AUGGCUGGUACAAGAAACUAUGAUUUCCUGAUCAAACUUCUGUUGAUUGGUGAUUCCGGAGUGGGAAAAUCAUGUUGUUUGUUACGAUUCAGCGAAGAUUCAUUUACUCCAUCCUUCAUCACGACCAUUGGAAUUGACUUCAAGAUUCGUACAAUCGAACUUGACGGAAAGCGUGUAAAGCUUCAAAUAUGGGAUACGGCUGGACAGGAGCGCUUUAGAACGAUUACAACGGCUUACUAUAGAGGGGCAAUGGGUAUACUUCUGGUCUAUGAUGUCACGGAUGAAAGGUCAUUUCAAAACAUCCGCACAUGGUUCUCAAACGUCGAGCAGCAUGCAAGUGAAGGCGUCCAUAAGAUUCUCAUCGGAAAUAAAUGUGACUGGGAAGAGAAAAGAGCCGUGUCAACUGAACAGGGCCAGCAGCUAGCUGAUGAGCUUGGCAUACCCUUCCUUGAAGUGUCAGCAAAGAACAAUAUCAAUAUCGAGAAAGCCUUCUACAAUCUUGCCUCGGAAAUUAAGAAAGGCAUGGACACAUCUAAAUCUGAACAGCCUGGUUCGCAAGGUGUCAGCAUAGAUCAGCAAGGCCCGGGACCGAAUGGCAGUACAGGAGGCAAGUGUUGCUGA